CUUAUUUACACGAUCUUAACCGUUGGUGGCAAUUCAGAGGUAAAGCUUCUCUAGCCAUAAGAGGGAGGACGCAGUGACACGCCUUGGAGGAAACUUACGCAAAAGAUGCGGGUUGCGGCUGCACUGUGUGUGGCGAUAGCAUGUGUGUUGGUGGCAACGGGGAGCGGCGAGAAUGCGACGCAGUCAAACCGCAUCCUCUUCCUGGCGCCAAUCUCCUCCAAGAGCCACAAGAACUUCUACAUGGGAAUAGUCAAUGCGCUGGCCGAUCGCGGGAGUCAGGUAACAAUAGUAUCUCCGUUCCGGCCAUCAAAGAUUCGAGAAAACGUCCGUGAAAUCCUGGUGCCUGGGAUCAACCUCCAUGACUACAUCCCCAACUUGUUCAAGGGCAAGACUGCAGGACCCAUGGCGCUCAUGUCGGCCGCUCCUACGCUUUGUUCGGAGGCGCUAGGGAAGGAGGAGGUGCAAGCUCUGUUGAAGGAGGAGUUUGACGUUGUCCUGAUUAGCAUCUUCAUUAGCCAUUGUUUCCUGUCGAUUGUUCAUAAGAUGCAGGUCCCCUUCAUCUGGGUAUCCCCCGCCGGUCCCGUGGGCGCGUCCGACCAAGUGAUAGGAAACCCGAUGUUCCCCUCCUUCACGGGGUUCACCCUCCUGGAGGCCAAGCACCCGCUGUCCUUCACUGAGCGAGCCAUCAGCACCUUCGGCGAGACACUCUCCUCCUUCAUGAUGACUCAUGUCAUUACCUCAUGGGCGGACGACGUUUGCCGCAGUCGAGGGUUGUGCCCCGACGACAUGCCCAGUCUGGUCGAGAUGCAGUUCGGUGCCAGUCUCUGCAUCCAGAACCAUGUGAGAACCUUGGACAACCCCGCUCGACCUCUCGUCCCGAACGCCAUUGCUGCCGGCGGGAUCCACUGCCGGCCUGCUCAGCCCCUUCCUCAGGACCUGGAGGAAUGGGUUCAAGGAGCUGGCGAAGACGGUUUCAUCUUCUUCAGUCUAGGAUCUGCUGUUGUGCCAUCGGAUAUGCCUGAGGAGUACCGCCAGGUCUUAGUGAAGGUGUUUGGGUCCCUGAAGCAGCGCGUGUUGUGGAAGUGGGACCAGGAGGACAUGCCCGACCUACCCCCCAACGUGCGGCUCGGGAAGUGGCUCCCGCAGCAAGACAUUCUAGGCCACGCGUCCCUCCGCCUCUUCAUGACACACGGCGGACAACUGAGCACAAUGGAGUCCACGUACCAUGGCAUCCCGGUUCUUGGCUUGCCCGUGAUGGGGGACCAGCACACCAACAUGGUUCAGGUGGCGAGGGAGGGCUGGGGCAAAGUCAUCUUCUGGGACCAGCUGUCAGAGGAGGUCUUGACGGAAGGGAUUCACUCGGUCAUGGACGAUCAGAGCAUGAGACAAGAAGCAAAGCGACGCUCCCGAGUGAUGAAGGAUCAGCCUCAGCCCGCGGGGGAAGUCGCAUCCUACUGGGUGAACUACGUCAUCAGGCACAAGGGAGCGCCU